CUCGACAGAAUUCCCAUCUUGCCAUGUAACAGAUAAUGAUGAUGACAGCUGGUGUCUAGAACAUAAUAUAGAAAGAGAAAACCAGACCAGAGGAACAACCAUCUGCCCACAGUGUUGUUACAGAUACUCUCUUUGUCACUUCGGAGAUUACAAUUUUAUUGCAAGGUAAGUUAUCAUUUGUUUUCUCUGCCUGCUCUGGGAAGCCAUCAGCUGGUCGAUACUUUUUUUCUGUUGUGCUGACCUUUGACCCAUUUAUGAUGCUAAGAGGGUCUAAAUUAUACUGGGUGAUUUUUUAAAAAUGAACCGAUUUUUAUUUCGUAAUAUUUUAUAAAGGAAAAGCAAUUUAAAAAAACAACAACCUCAGGCUGAGGCCGGUCCCAGAGUGGUUCUGUAGGUCUGACCUGUUACAGCUCGCCUUGCGGGCGCCGUCUGCGUGUCAGCACAGUCGCACUAGGAUUUUAAUUUAGCCUAAGGACUUUUCUAAAGACCUAUUGGAACCCUGUGUGAGAGUUGUACGUAUUCUUUUCAGUCUCCUCUCUUGUUAGGUCUGUUUUCCUUCUUUCAUAAUUCCAAUCUCCUCAAACGGUAAGAUAUUAUUUUAUCCUUACCUAGCCUUUGCUUCCACAUCUGUCUACGGAAAUUACAGAAAAGAUAUUUAGAUAGAUCUUUGGUUUAUAUCUAGAUAGAUUCUGAGGUGCAUGCUUUAAAUCUAGAUCUAGAUCUAGAUCAGACAUUAAAUUAUCAUUAUCUAUAUCUAAAUUCUUGGUCUUUCUAGGGACAUCCCUCUACAUCUCAACUCCUGAACUAUCAAUCUAGAUUUAGAUAAUAGCCUAGAAGCACACAGGCCUACAAAUGUAAACAAACAGUCGAAACUAGGCCUACCUCUCGAUUCGAAAAUUUAACGUAGGAUAAAGUGCAUUUCUUGGGAUUUUUUAGGUCAAGUGUUGAAGCUAGCAUCAAUAUCUAAUAGUAAAGCACUUAAUAAUACUUACUUCUUGCUGAUUUUGAUGAUCUAUGAAGAAUUUCAGUCGAAAAUAAACACGAAGCGAGUCUGCGCGCGACACAUGCCCGACGUGUUUUACAACAGAUUUGAAAUGGCCACUGGCCACUGACUCAUUCAAUAACGAUGCUUGAGAACUGAAACAAUGCUUCAUUAAAUCGUUUCAUUCUUUUUUAAUUACCAUAAAGACAGCGCAAAGGCGUGUUUGUGGUGUUGGAAAAGGUGGGGGGGGGGUAGGAAAUUUUCGUUUGAACGGACGAUUGUUUAACACAUGUGGCUGUUAGAGCAGGUACAAUUGUGCGGUCUCACAUGUUCACUUCACUUUAAUUUUUUGCUUUCUAAUAAUUUUUUCACUCAAACCAGACAUGGAGCAUGAAAACAACAGAGCAGCCGAAAAAGAAGACGAAAUGAUGGAGCUGGCCGACCAACGCCGGACAGAAAGCGAAGCGUUGAAUGAACUCACAAAGCAAAGCCAAGCAAAGUCACGAUGGGUCGGCUGGAGGCAAAAGUUCAAAGACAAAGAGUAUCGAAGGAAGCUACUGAGGACCCUAUGGCUCACCAUGGCCCUUUUCUCCUGGGGCAUCUCUGACGGCCAGAUUGGCCCCACCGUCCUUGACCUUCAGAUCAUCACCUCCACAGGGGUCAAGGAGGGGGCAGCCUUCAUCAUGGCCAGGAGGUUUGGCUACAUGGCCGGAGCCCUGAUGCGUGCCUGGAUCAGUAGGAAGCUUGCGGGCUUCUCUCUUGGUUCAGCAUUUCUUAUUGGUGAAGCCUCAUAUGGUUUGCUGCCCAAUGUGACUGCUGCUCUCCAGCUGGGUUGCAAUUCCGAGCUGAUGGGUCAAUGGGGCGAGCAAGGGAGGUCACUCAUGCAACUCAUGCAUUUUGGAUACGCUGUUGCCGUCGAGGACACAUUCACCGCGUACUUGAUGACCUUCCUCGUCAAGGAGUACCGCGAGGUCACCAAAGCCUUCGCGGCUUACGUCACAUCUAUCUAA